GCUGUCUCAGCAAUUCAAUGCAGCAUCCUUUGUUGAAUUUACAAAAAUUUGAACAGAACAGACGCCCAAACCAAACGGAACCUCGGAAACAAUAUUCCCAUCGUAUUCUUUUCGUCUCUCUAAUUCUCGAGGUCGGUUUCAAACCCAUGAAACUCCCAAAAAUCUCACCGGUCGUCAACCUAACACACUCAUCGUAUAUAUCCAAGAAAUCUAUGUGCAGUCACUGGAAAUUCUCGUUGUUGCAUCAUUUUGAUUCAUUUCAGCAGGAAAUUUAUGUACAGUCAUUGUAAAUUCUUGGUGUCGCAUCAGUUUGAUUCCUUUCAGAAAAAGUUCCCAAGGGUAACGCUCUUUUCUUCACGUGCUCUAUAUGACAAGGGAAGGAAAGCCGCGUGAAGGGCUAGUAAUACAAGAACUGAUUAUCAUGAGCUUAGCUGUAUAAGUGCUAGUUCAAUCUAGAUGACAGAUAUUAUAGUGCUUUUGUAGCAUUGGAUGACUCCAAGAUCAAGUAUAAUUGGACUGGCCAAACCCUUGGUUGGAAUCUCCGCCUUUCUUGCUUUCUUUUCCUUUUCUGCCUGAUAAGUUUAUUUCUUUCUUUGAAUAUGAAAUUUUGAUGUCCUUUAUUUUGAUAAUUUGGAUUAGUGAAAAAUUUAUCAGCAGUGAAAUUAUGAUAGAAGCUUCAAUCAUUUUUCUGAUUUAUUGCUGUCCCUUGUCUUUGCUAGGAGCGAAGAACAUAUUAUUUGGGAAAAGUUGAUUUUUCCAAUUAGUGUUUAAAGCCAAGCAUACUUUGCUAUUUUUUUUCCCUGGCCGAUAGGCGUUGUAUAAAAAAUUGAACUUGUAAUCACCUUGGCUUUCGUCUAACAUGCUGCUUCUUAUCUAAUGUGGUUUUAAUUGAAUUGAUUAGGGAAUUCACUCACACAUGCAUCUGGUAGGGGUGUUUUUGAUUGAAUAAUGAUCUUGUCUCUUGUUUUCCAUAUUUCAACAAUUGAUGAUGAAGUUAGACAUGGUAAAAAAUAUUCAUCAAAUAAUUAUCAGGUGAUUUGAGUAGCAUUUAUCUGUUUUUCUAUUUCAACAAGCAAUCACGAUGACUAAACCUUUACAAAAAAGAAGCAAGUGAUUGCCUAAACAAUGUUUCAAGUACUGAUUAAUUAACCUUGAGUUUUUUGCUUUGAGUUAUGUACUUGUGUCCUAUAGCAUUGCGUGUAGUCCUGCAUGUUAUAGUCAUCACGAAUUCUUUUCUAUUGUCACAGGUUCUUCCUUUUCUUUGUGCCAUUUCUUGUAACUGCUGAUCCAACAUAACAUUGCAUGGCCUGACACCCAAUAUUGGAAAUUGCAGUAAAGAUGGUGGCUACGUCUUGCACAAAUUUGUUGGACUUGGUGUCUGGGGACAUUUUAAAUUACCCUCAAACUCCCAGAGCUCUUCCGCGUGUUAAUACUGUUCCAGGAGUUAUUUCUGAUAUAGAUGGGAAAGAAAGUACUGGUGAUGAUAACUCACAUGCUUCCUCAUCUGAACAUAGUCAAAAGAUAAUUGUUGUAUCAAAUUUUCUUCCCCUUAAUGCUCAAAAGGAUAAAGAUUCAGGCAGAUGGUGCUUUAGUUAUGAUGAAGAUUCAGUUUUGUGGCAGCUAAAAGAUGCUAUUUCUUAUGAUACUGAUGUUGUUUAUGUGGGAUCUUUGAAGGUCGAUGUUGAUGAAAGUGAACAAGAGAAAAUUUCUCAAGAGUUGCUGGAUGAAUUCAAAUGCUGGCCUACCUUCCUGCCAUCGCUCAUUCAGAAUAAGUUUUAUAAUGGAUUUUGCAAGCAACAUUUGUGGCCUCUAUUUCAUUACAUGUUACCCAUGUUUCCUGAUCAUGGCAAUCGCUUUGAUAGGUUGCUUUGGCAGGCCUAUGUUGCUGCUAACAGGAUAUUUGCGAGAAGGGUUUUGGAGGUUAUGAAUCCAGAAGUUGAUUAUGUAUGGGUUCAUGAUUAUCAUCUAAUGGUUCUGCCAACAUUUCUUCGAAAAGGAUACAAUAAAGUCAAGCUAGGAUUUUUCCUCCACAGCCCUUUUCCUUCAUCAGAAAUUUUUCGGAUUCUGCCUGUCAGAGAUGAAAUUUUGAAAGCACUUCUCAAUGCAGAUUUAAUUGGGUUUCAUACAUUUGAUUAUGCUCGUCAUUUUUUAUCUUGUUGUAGUCGAAUGCUUGGCUUGGAAUAUGAAUCCAAAAGGGGCUACAUUGGGCUUGAAUACUUUGGCCGCACAAUAUACAUUAAAAUCUUGCCAGUAGGGAUUCACAUGGCUAGGCUUCACUCUGCCAUAAAUCACCCAUCAUCUUCUGUCAAAGUUCAAGAACUGUGUGAGCAAUUUAAGGGGAAGCAACUUAUUCUUGGUGUUGAUGAUAUGGACAUCUUUAAAGGAGUCAAUUUGAAGCUCUUGGCUAUAGAAUUACUCCUAGAGCAGAAUCCAAAACUGCAAGGUGAAUUAGUACUAGUCCAAAUUGUAAAUCCCCCAAAAAGUUCAGGCAAAGAUGUUCAGGAAGCAAAGGGGGAGAUACACAUUAUUGCUAACAGGAUAAAUGAAAGGUUCAGCUUGCUAAAUUAUGAACCUGUGAUCAUCAUAGAUCAUCCUCUUCCUUUUUAUGAGAAGAUAGCCUAUUAUUCUUUGGCAGAAUGUUGCAUUGUGAAUGCUGUGCGGGAUGGUAUGAAUUUAAUUCCAUAUGAGUAUAUUGUCUGUAGGCAGGGGAAUAUGCAAACAGAUCAACCCUUGGGAAUUAUUUCAGAGUUCGCUCGUACAAGUGCGCUUGUUGUUUCUGAGUUUAUAGGUUGCUCGCCAUCUCUUAGUGGGGCAUUGAGGGUGAACCCAUGGGACAUUAGGGCUGUAGCUGAUGCAAUAAAUUUGGCCAUCAAUAUGUCUAUAGCAGAGAAACAGUUGCGGCAUGAGAAACACUAUAGGUAUGUUAGCUCUCAUGACAUGGGUUAUUGGGCUCGAAGUUUUGUGCAGGAUCUAGUUCGUUCAUGCCAGGAUCACCUCUACAAACGUUGUUGGGGUAUUGGCUUUGGACUGGGUUUCAGAAUCCUGGCCCUUUCUCCCAGUUUUAGGAAGCUGUCAAUUGGCCAGAUUGUCUCUGCAUACAAAAGGUCAAAUCAGAGAGCAAUUUUUUUGGACUAUGAUGGUACAAUUGUGUCCCAAAAUUCCAUCGUUAAAAGCCCCAGUCCUGAACUCAUAUCUGUGCUAAACAACCUAUGCAGUGACCCCAAGAACAUUGUGUUUUUAGUUAGUGGUAGGGGAAGGGCUUCAUUGGGUGAGUGGUUAAAUCAGUGCAAGAACCUUGGUAUAGCAGCUGAGCAUGGUUAUUUUAUAAGGUGGGAUGGACAAUCAAGUUGGGAAACAAAUCAUAUAGCUACAGAUUUUGCUUGGAAAAGCAUUGUUGAACCUGUGAUGAGAUCAUAUACUGAGGCAACAGAUGGCUCUCAUAUGGAGAUGAAGGAGAGUGCCUUGGUUUGGCACCACCGUGAUGCAGAUCUUGAUUUUGGAUCUUGGCAGGCCAAGUCGCUGCUGGAUCACCUUGAGAGUGUCCUUACAAAUGACCCGGUGGUUGUUAAGAAGGGACAGUACAUUGUUGAAGUUAAACCACAGGGAAUCACUAAAGGGUUAGUUGUAGAGGAGGUUCUGUCUACACUGGCCAGGACUGAGAAAUCGCCAGAUUUCAUUCUGUGCAUUGGGGAUGAUAGGUCUGAUGAGGACAUGUUCGAGAGCAUAUCAACCAAAGUUUACGGAGGAAGCCCAUCUUCAGCACCGGAAAUCUUUGCUUGCACUGUUGGCCAGAAACCAAGCAAAGCCAGGUACUACUUAGAUGAUACUGCUGAUGUGAUGUUGCUGCUUAAAAGCCUUGGUACUGCUGCUUCAAGGCUUAAACCAGUAUGUGAUGAAGAAGGUCAUUCUGACAGAGUAGAAGCUGGUUUUGAGAACAUUGCUUGAAAAAUGCUGGACUUGCUCGUUGAAGUAGUAGCAUAGGGUGGAGAAGCAAACUUAGAGGAUAUGGUUCGGAAUGCAAGAGGUGUUUAGAGUGGUUGAACUUUGAUUGAUAUGAGGGGAGGGGAAGAGUGAAUUUGUUUGCUUUCUAGAAGUAGCCUUAAAAAGAAAAAAUAUCAAAUAUAUUGAGGGGUUAAGGAAUUCUAGUUUCAUGGGACUUUGCAAAUCCUUUGUAUAGUUCGAAUUAAUUUGGUUUAUGCAAGUCAUUAGGGCAUUCAAGUCUCAAAAUGGCGGUUAUGCACACCAUUAGAAGAGUUCUUAUUUCAUAUCUGUGGCUUAUUAUGUAACAUAUUUGAUGGAUUCAAUUUUUUUUUUCUUUUUUCAUUUGAUGGAUUCAGUCAUAAGUUGGAAAAGAUAGAGGUAAACCGGAAAGAAAAUGACUUGUCAAUUUUUUAA